AUGAUUAAAUCUGUUAUUCUUGAUGCUGAUGGAUGCAUAAUAAACUGGAAACUUGUGAAUGCAAGCAUUCAUUUUCAAGUUACUGGACAUAGACCAUCAAUUGAUCUCCGAAAUAAAAUUUUAGGUAAAAAUCCAUACGAUGCAUGGACAAUUAUUCGAGAUCAUUAUAAAUUAGAAGAAUCUGUUGAAUCAUUAUUGAAAAGGCGUAAUGAAAUCAUCAAUAAACUAUAUCCAAAAAUGGAUCUUUAUCCAGGCGUGUCAAAACUUCUUGAUUUUCUAAAAGAUAGAUCUAUACCAUAUGCCAUAACAUCAAGUGUUUCAGAUGCAGACACAAGAUUAAAACUUUCUGGAUAUCCGAAUAUUAUUAACAAUGCAAAAGCAAUAACAUGUGCUGAUAAGUCUAUGCCACGAAAGCCAGAUCCUUCCAUUUAUCAUAAGUGCUUAAAUGAAACAUCAUUUAAAUCUUCUCAAACUUUGAUAAUCGAAGAUUCAGUUUCAGGUAUUGUUGCUGCGGCCAAAGCUGGUUGCAAGACACUUUUUGUAUGCAAUCCAACUUAUAUUACGGCAGAUCAAAUGUUUGAAAAGUUUAAUACAAAACCAGAUUUCAAAUGCGAAACAUUGAAGGAUAUUGAUUAUGUUAGUAUAUUUAAUGAAUAA